AUGAAACUCUUAGAGAGCGGACGCCUUGAGGCUAUAAGUAGUGCAUUGUCGAUCCUAAACGGAGAUAGUGCAGUUCAGGGUCGAGUGGAGAGCUACAGCUGCAAAAUGGCAGGUGCUGAAAAGGCUUUCUAUAAACGGUUUACUGCAGAUGGAGAAACUACACACAACCUUCAGGCGUUAUCCCCUCCUGAAGGUAUCUUGUACAGUCGAAGCUUGUCUGGUGAUGAAGAAGGUGUCCUGUGUGACACUAUAUCUCGAAAGACCUUGUUUUAUUUGAUUGCUACCUUGAAUGCUGCUUUUCCUGAUUAUGACUUCUCAAUGGCAAAGAGUAGUGAGUUCAGUGCUGAACCAUCACUGAGUUGGGUGCAAGGUGCUGUAGAUGCAGCUUUGUCUGCAGUAGGAGGGGUUCGAUGGAGACAGUUAAGACCAUCUUUAUGGUCUGCUAUGGAGGAAGAAGUACAAUUACCAGAGUGCAGAAUUUACAGCUAUAACCCAGAUCUAGCUAGUGAUCCAUUUGGGGAACCUGGUUGCCUCUGGACUUUUAAUUACUUCUUUUAUAACAAGAAACUUAAGAGAAUUGUUUUCUUUACAUGCAGAGCAAUGAGCCCUGUGUGUGCAGAUUCUGGAGUGGACUUUGCUAUGGAUGAAGAUGAGGAGUAUAAU